AUGUCAGAGAUGAAAAUUAUUACAUUUUCUGAAUGUAAGUUUCUUAUUUUACUGAAGAGUGUCCUUAUUGAACCAACAAGUGGUAAUACUGGCAUUGGAUUAGCCUUCAUGGCAGCAGCCGAGGGUUACAAGCUCAUAAUUACAAUGCCUGCUUCAAUGAGUCUCGAAAGAAGAAUCAUUCUAUUAGCUUUUGGAGCUGAGUUGGUUUUGACAGACCCUGCAAAGGGAAUUUUUCUCUCUCAUACUGUUUGGUUCCCGAGAAAAUUUAUAGAAUUUAGUCAAGAAGAUGAGAAUGAAGUGAUUACUGAAAACUCUGCAUUUGUUAAAGGGGAGCCAACACAAGAAUUUAGUAACCCUCCAAAAGUUGAUUCUCAAGUUGAAGUCCUUCACGAGAAGGUCACUAAACAAAUAAUUAAGGAAGGCCAUGGCCAGAAACCUACCAGAUAUUCAACUUGCUUCUGGAACUCUUCUCAAAUCAUGGAGGAUUUAAAUUUUGCUUCUCUUGUCAAAAGGGAACUUGAACAACUAGUUUCCAACAAGCAUUUGGAUCCUGACAACCUGUCACUGUUGAUUGAUUUUCUUGUGAAGAAUCCUUCUGUUCGUUUAAAUGACAAAGCACUUAGCAAUUGGUUGAAGGGUUGUGCCUACAACCGCCUGAGUCAUCUACUGAGAUUCCUCCAAACCCAUAGUCCUAAUGAUGUGUUAGGGUCAAGCCGCUCUGAGUUCAUGGAGUUAUUACAAGACGUGCGCAGAUUUGGUUUUGAUAAGGAUUGGUUUAAUGGUGUUGAAAGACGUGCCUUGUUUCCUGGUUUACAAAUCUCACAAGAUGCACUGCAAAAAGAGUCAUGCCCUUCUGUAAAGAACAUCCUUCUUCUGGAUUCUGAUGGGAAACGAGUGGCGGUCAAAUAUUUCUCCGAUGACUGGCUGACGAAUACGGAGAUAGCAAUGUUUGAGAGUAACAUUGUUGUUUACAAGUUUGUCCAAGAUCUUCACUUUUUUGUUACCGGGGGUGACAAUGAAAACAAGGAAGCACUGGAGAACUUGGAUCUCAUUCUCUUGUGCAUUGAUGAAAUUUUAUGUUAA